AUGAAGGCAACCAUUUUGAACCUCGCCAUUGCGGCAUCGUUCGGCUCUGUCGCCGUUGCUCAACCUCACCGGCAUGGUCAUCCCGCUCAUCACCACAAGCGGGACAACUCGCCUCUGGAGGAGCGCGAAGUCGUGACCACUUAUGUCCCUGCUACUAUAACCCAGUACAUGCUCGGUGAUAAAUCGGUCAGCCCUGAGGAGGCCCACGCUGGUUUGGAUAAGGGAUUAUACGUCGUCGUUGGCGAGACGACACCCACCUUCACUCCUCCCCCUGCGCCAGUCGUCACUAGCACAUCAUCUAAGGAGGAUGGCGUCUUCAUUGAGAAGGUCACUAGCUCUUCGUCCACUUCGACGCCUACUCCAACGCCCUCAACCACCACUGAACCAACAAGCACGUCGACUCCUGAGCCCGAGCCAACUAAGUCCACCACAUACCCUGUGAGCAACGGUGCUAAGGGUAUCGAUGCUGACUUUCCCGACGGACAAGUUGACUGCACCACCUUCCCUUCCGACUAUGGUGCGCUUGCUCUCGACUACCUCGGACUGGGUGGGUGGAGUGGACUUCAAUACACGCCCAACUUCAGUUUGAAGGAUCUUGCUAUUAGCUUCAUCGAAACCGGCAUUGGUAAGCCCGCUGGCCAGAAGGGCUUCUACUCAUAUGCUUGCCCACCCGGCUACAUCAAAUCACAGUGGCCCUCUUCUCAGGGCAACACCGGCCAAUCCAUUGGUGGUCUUUACUGUAACGACCAGGGCAAAUUGGAGCUGACCCGCGGCGACGUUUCCAAGAAGUUGUGUGAGAAGGGUAUUCCGGGUAUUACCAUAAAGAAUAAAAUGAGUUCUGGAACUUCGGUGUGCCGCACCGACUAUCCUGGCACAGAGAACAUGGUCAUCCCGAUUGAUUCUACACCUGGCAGCUCGUUCGAGCUCGCUAACGUUGCAUCCAACAACUACUACGUCUGGCAGGGCAAGGCAACAACUCUGCAGUACUAUGUCAACAAAAAGGGAGUCAGCGCUGAUAAGGGCUGUGUAUGGGUCUGCGACGAAGACCCUGAGGGAUGUGGUAACUGGGCCCCCAUUAACAUCGGUGUUGGCCAGUCGUCUGAUGGCAUCACCUAUCUCUCUAUCUUCCCCAACAGCGCAGUUUCCAAAGCCAAGUUGGACUUCAAUAUUGACAUCUCUGGUGAUAUCACAAGUGAUUGCUAUUAUCAUGUUGAUUCAGGAUUUGCUGGUAGCAGUACCGGCUGCACUACCGGCAUCCCGAGUGGCGGACAGGUUACAAUUACUUUGAGCGACUAA